UCCUUCUGGGCCGCAAUUUGUUUAGGCCAUUUUAUCGCACACGUGAAAAAGGUUCUAUCUUAUUAUUUUCUGCUGGGAAUGCAAGAAUGCCGGAUAAAAGAAAAUCAAUCGGCACUUUGGAGUUUGAAGGCUGUAAUUUUUUUCGACAAAGGUUUGUUAUUGCAACGCUGGCUGGAAAGCCGAUUAGAGUGAAGUCAAUCAGGGUUGAAGAUGAUGAGCCUGGUUUGAAAGAAUUUGAGGCAAGCUUUCUUCGUCUUCUUGAUCAAAUGACAAAUGGAUCAACAAUAGAGAUUAAUGAAACAGGGACAUCAGUAUUCUAUCGCCCAGGUCUUUUGCUUGGAGGGUCAGUUGAGCAUCAGUGCAGCUGUCAAAGAUCCAUUGGGUAUUAUAUGGAGGCAGUUCUUUGUCUUGCACCAUUUUGUAAAAAGCCCUUAUCCUUAAAACUGACUGGUGUGACCAAUGAUGACAAAGACCCUUCUGUUGACAUAAUAAAAUAUGUCUCUAUUCCCAUCUUGAAGAAAUUCAUUGUUGAUGACGAUGUGGACCUUAAGAUCAUCAAGAGAGGAACAAUGCCCGGUGGAGGUGGUGAGAUUCUAUUUCAUUGUCCUGUGCGGAGAAGUAUUCGACCAAUAAAUUUUACUGACAGAGGAAAAAUUAAGCGAAUUCGUGGCACAGCCUUUACUUUAAAGGUUGCACCAGCAUUUACCAACCGCAUGGUGGACUCGUGUCGCUCGAUUUUAAACCAGUUUGUUUCAGAUAUUUAUAUUUACACGGACCACCGCAGAGGAGCCGAAUCAGGGCACUCCCCUGGUUUUGGCCUGUCAUUGAUGGCUGAAUCGACAACUGGGGCAAUGACAAGUGCGGAGUUUGCAUCUCCUCCGCCGGAGAAAGGCUCGCCAGUAACACCUGAAGACGCUGGGAGACAAGCUGCAUUUCGACUUUUGGAGGAGACUUACAAGGGAGGAUGCAUUGACUCGUCUCAUCAAGGACUGGCAUUAACCUUCAUGGCAUUGACUCAGAUGGACGUUUCGCGAGUUAUGAUUGGUCAAUUAACACAGAACAGCAUACACCUUCUGCGACACUUGAAGGAUUUCUUCAACGUGGUUUACAAAAUCGACGUAAAGGAGGGAGAUUCCAGCGACGAAGUCGGCAAUGGCGCUGAUGAAAAGUACAUUUUGUCCUGCCUAGGAACCGGGUUUUCGAAUUUGAGUAAAACUUCAAUAUAAUAUGUUACUCUAUUGAUCUGAACUGUUGUCAGUUUCACGGGAGAACAUUUUGGGAUGCUUGUAAACAAUGCAUAAAGCCGUAGCAUCAA